GUGACCGACUACUUAUACUAAGUGGAGAGGGUUAAGGGCAAGGCUACCGCACAGUAGGUAAGGGUAAAGGGGAAACGAGAAUGGUAUAGGCGCGGUGGCAUCAGAGCCGGAUUAGUGGUGGAUGGUCGAAUGUGGAAUGAGACCGAGAAACGUUGGAACGGACCAACGGUAAGAGUACAACAUGCGGGAAUCCGCAGUCAGGGGAAACAGAAAGAGGAAAGCCACAUUGGUGGCACGAGUCAGACCGAGUCAUAGGUGCGGGACCACAUUGGUGGUCGAAUCAGAGGAGGAACGUGCAUGCACGUGCAUAGAGGCGGGCGAUGCGAGGGACGGGAACGGCCCCGAGGAUCCGGUCAACGGAAAGGCGGUAGAGGAGGACGAGCCGGUAGAUGGCUCACACCUUCAUGGCGAGGUCAAGACCAAAGUCCGGCCAUAUGUGGCAGAUGAGUAUGGGUUUGAGACGAGUACUAAGCAAUCUGUCAUUGAUAGAAACAUUGCACACACACAGGAACUCAAGAAAGCUUUUGCCUUUGUUUACAAGACUUGCUCGGCAAAUAGUAACAAAGGCCUAUAUGGUACAGAGAUUAUCCAGAAGGGUGUCAAUACAAUAUGGUUCUGUGAUAAGAAAGAUGAAGGAGUCUUAUAUCCUGAGUUUUACAAGCCGUUUACGGAGGUUGGACUGGCAUUGCUCUUGACUGCAAUUGAAAGCUGCAUCGAUGAAUGGAGCAGUGGUGCUCAAACAAACAAAAUGUUCAUAGUUGAUGAGUAUCAGGAUGUCCUAGACAAACACCUCACCAAUCUCACAGACCUUGACAAGCACACCAAGGCUCAGGGCCUGCUACCAAAACUGUUGUCUCAUCUUCAUGACAAUGGCUGGAUUCACUUGAAGGCUGACCCUAUUGGCCAUGAAACUGGCUGCACCAUACCUCGGAGUGCCUUUGAUGCUGCAAUUGAAGAGUACAAUGAUCACGGGGUUUCUUCAGCAAUGCUGUGA